AUGCUGGUCCGAUUUGGCUGCCUCCCCAUCUUACGCCCAAUCAGCCCCUUUCCCCCCUUCCGAUUGAGUCCACCCUUUCCCUUCCUUGCCCAACCCAUACCCCUCCCCUUAGAGUCCAACCACUCUUCCUCCUCCACUCUCUCCUUGAUCUCUUUAGCCUUGCCUCCCCGUUGUUCUCUCCAGGUCGAUCCCUACCCAGUUUCUAUCUUCUCCUUGGAUCUGAUUCCAUCACCCUUUCCGUUCCCUCUUCAGCCGCUUACCUUCAUUUCUCCGUAACCCUCCCUACUCGUAGAUCAUGUCCGCUUUGCCCAACCCUCCCUUUUAACCUUUGAUACACCACCGCAGAGACCCUUCCCGUACCUAGUGUUGAGGUACCUCUGUCCUACUCCGAGCCAGUUCCCCUUCCCUCCCCACCCCUUUCCCCCCAUCUCCUCUUCCCCUUCCCACUCUCCCUCUUUAACCCUCGAUUCCCCUGAAUCUACCUCUGGCCGAGCAAGGGACUUUGACCAGGGCGUUGACACCAAUCCGCUGGCCAUGGUGCUCUUCCAGCCUAUUAAUGAUGCUUACUUCAAGGAUUGGCGAGCGGAGCAGGAUCUGAGGUCGAUUAUUUCAGCUGGUAGGACACUUCAUCGAUUUCUGAACUUCUCUCCUGAGUUCAGCAGUGAUAAGGUCGAUAGUCAAUUUGAGGAUUUGGCAUUCUCAUUCAAAUCGAAGAAGAAAAGGACUUCCAGAUCGAAGUUACAAAUGGAGAUUCAUCGUCUUGGAACCUUGAACUCGGUCAUGACCAAGUCGCGACGGAAGAAGGGUCCGAGCGGUAACAGCAAAAGUGGAAUUCUCGCCUCUUUCCCAAUGAACGACUCUAUCCUUGCGUGGAAUGUCAGAGGUUUGGGUGACUCUGAUAAAAGAGCUAGACUUAAACCCAUUAUUCGUCAGUGUCGCACUGUUGUGGUCGGCUUGAUUGAAACUAAGUGGAAUUAGUGCUCUCAAUUUAUCAUUACGUCGGUUAGUGGAAGCAGAACGGUGGUGUGGGCCGCUUAGAAUGCUACUGAUUCGAGGGGUGGUAUUGCUGCCUUCUGGGAAACCUCUGAGUUUAGUCUGUUGGACUACUGGGAAGGCCGUUUCUCGCUAGCCAUCCGUCUUCGGAUUGUUCGCUCUCAUAAAAUCCUUGCCAUUCGUCUAUGGCCCCCAUGAUAGGAUUGCAAAGCUGGCUUUCUUAUCCGAAAUUGAUUUUAUUUGUCGUAGGUACAAUGAUCCCCUUUGAUUUGUGGGUGAUUUUAACCUAGUCAGAUCUGAGGAUGAUUACCGGGGUGCUCCUCGUUGUAGACUGAUGAUGGCAGAGUUCAAUUCCGUGUAAUCGUAAUGCCUUCAUUAAUCUCCCCCUGCAAGGCGUCGCCUUUACUUGAAGCAGUGGCGAUUCCAGCCGUGCUUAUCUCGUAUCGAUCGAGCUUUGGUUAACACCAGGUUUGAAGAUACCUUCUCCCCGGGACCUCUGCUGGAUUUUGAGCAUCUUGAGUCUGAUCAUAACCCCAUCCGUGUACAUUGGGGAUCGUCAGAGCGUGUUUGAAGACCCUGGCGGUUCAAGAAUAUGUAGCUUCUUAAGCAUUCAUUCUUAACGCAGCUCGUUGGUUGGUGGAAUGUCCCAGUUUCCGGUUCGGGGCUCCUUUUUCGUGCUAGCUAACGCCUAAAGUAGAGUAAGAUGCUCAUUAAGUCUUGGAAUACAGAAGUUUUUGGCAGAGUUCAGCUCAAGAUUGAAUCUCUAAUUAAAAAGAUUAAUGAGA